AGUCGAUCUUCAAAUCCCUAUUCAGUUUCUAGCUUGGUUGAAGGAAAAUUGGAAAAUCAACCCAGGACCUGCAGAUUAUACAAAUAUUAUUCCAUUGUGGCCCUUCCUGGCAAUAUAUACGUGGAAAGUAGUCCGGAACUCCAAAUACACUUAAUAUAAACCGAUAAAAUGCCAGUCCAAAAAAUGUGUCGCAUAUGUCUAGCCGAGGACAAGGGCCGUAGCGGAAUGCAACCGUUGUUUGAUGAGAAAAAUGUCCGUUGUGCCGAAAUUGUUCAUCGCAUUGAGGAAUGUGGAGGAAUAGUGUUAAAACAUCAUGAAGAGUUUCCCAAAAUGAUUUGUUUCCAGUGCCUAGACUUUUUAAAUACAUCGUAUAAAUUUCGCUUGAUGUGUCAGUCAAGUGAACAGGCCCUAUUGGAUGCAAUAGUUAAGUCGGAGUUAAAAACAGAACCUCAAGAGUCUUCCAGUUCUAAUCAAGCAAAUACUUCAAAAACAAAAGCCAGCGAAGAGGAGGAUGAAUUAUUUUUUGAUAUACGUUCAGAAUUCAUUGAAGGACAAGAGGUGGAUUUUGAUGAUUUGCCGGACACUAAACAUGACUCCUUCAGUGAUGAUGGUGACGACGAAUUUCUGGCUAUUGAAGAGGUUGAUCUAGAGGAAAUUGAUGGCGAAGAACAUUUGGAUGAUAGUGAUUCGGAUAAUGAUAACGAUAAACUAAUAGAUGAUGAUGAAUUUGUGCCCAUACCAAAAAAGAAAAAAGCGAAAGUUUUAAAGCCGGAAAAGAAACCGAAAAGCAAAGAAUCUACGGAUAACAAAGCUUCUGGAGAGAAAGUUCGUAGAGGGCGUGGGCGUAAGAAAAAUGAAGCAGAGCCGGAAACGAAUAUAUGUGAAGUAUGUGGUAAUAUCUAUGCCAAGAGAAGUCUCUUGAACAUGCAUAUGAGACGUCAUCGGGCGGAAAAGCCGUUUGAGUGCGAAAUUUGUGGCAAACAAUUUACCUGCCCCUCAGAAAUAAGUCGGCAUAUACGAAUACACACAGGCGAAAAGCCCUACGUUUGUCGUUUCUGUGGAAGGACUUUUGCUGAUAGAAGUACAAAUAUAAAACACGAAAGAAUCCACACAAACGAGAGGCCUUUCACCUGCCAGACAUGUGGAAAAUCAUUCACAUACUCGAACGUCUUGAAGAAUCAUAUGCUAAUACAUACAGGAGAAAAGCCAUUCCCUUGCAAACCGUGCAAUAAGACCUUUUCACGCAAACAUCAAUUGGAGCAGCAUUUAAGUACCAUAACACAUCAGCAGACCAUUAAAAAUCUCUUAACGCCAAAAUUCCAAGAUCAAGAUGGUACAGAAUAUACAUUGCAAAUAACCGAUAAUAAUGGACAAAUAGUUGAACAACAUCCAGUAUAGGUUGUAUGCAUUCAUGUCCCGAAUGAAAAAUUAUAGGUUUACUUUACGUUUAUUUAUUAGUGUAUAACAAAUAUCUUGAUUAGACUCUUAAGUAUUUUUUCAAUUUUAAGAUUUUUCUUUGUGUAUAUUCUAUGGUUUUUUAUACACAUACAAAAUAAUGCAAAACUAAUCGUUAUAGUAUAUGUACGUACAACAAAACCAUCUUGAUUAACUGCAAUAAAAAAGAAACAAAAACAAUUAA